CCCUCUGGAGAUUUUGACCAAACAUUCCCAAGUGGACUUCGUCUCGAUUCUGAUCGACGUCAGAACAAGGCAUCAAGCAACAUCUGCAACUCGAGCCCAUUGAAAUUCCCCUUGAACUCAUCAACAUGUCCCUUGAGAACUACACAAAGCUGGAAAAGGUUGGAGAGGGAACGUACGGAGUGGUGUACAAGGCUCGAGAUGUCAAUACGGGAGGAAUCGUCGCGUUGAAGAAGAUCCGUUUGGAAGCGGAGGAUGAGGGUGUUCCAUCGACCUCCAUCAGGGAAAUCAGUCUGCUCAAAGAGUUGAGCAAGGAUGAUAAUAUCGUCAAACUCCUAGACAUCGUCCACUCCGAUGCCAAACUCUAUCUCGUGUUCGAAUUCCUAGAUCUCGACUUGAAGCGAUACAUGGAUUCUAUCGGAGACAAGGAUGGACUGGGACCAACGAUGGUCAAGAAAUUCACAUACCAGCUCAUCAAGGGUCUGUACUACUGUCACGCGCACCGUAUUCUCCAUCGAGAUUUGAAACCUCAAAACCUGUUGAUCAACAAGGAGGGAAACCUCAAGAUUGCCGACUUUGGUCUCGCGAGAGCUUUCGGCAUCCCCCUCCGGACGUAUACGCACGAAGUCGUUACGCUCUGGUAUCGUGCACCCGAGGUCCUCCUUGGAUCUCGACACUAUUCCACCGCCAUUGACAUGUGGUCCGUCGGUUGCAUCUACGCGGAAAUGGCGAUGAGGGCGCCAUUGUUCCCUGGAGAUUCUGAGAUUGAUGAGAUUUUCAGAAUCUUCCGUCUCCUCGGCACGCCUGACGAGGACGUUUGGCCAGGCGUCAAAUCCUUACCCGACUACAAAGCCACUUUCCCCCAAUGGCACGCUACGGACCUUAAAGCAAGUGUUAAAGGUCUCGAUGACAAUGGUUUGGAUCUUUUGGCUCAAACCUUGAUAUAUGAUCCCGCAAAGCGGAUCUCCGCCAAACGAGCUCUGCAGCACCCUUACUUUGCUCAAGCCAUGGCGGCGUAGUGUGGCGCAUGGCGCUGCAGCACAAGCUCAAGCUCGUGAUAGUUCUACAUCUCGUUACGAAUUCCCCUCAGCAUUGGCGUUGUCAUUCGCCUGCCCCUCCUUCCGUCUUCUUCCUGUUUGUGGUCUUUACCCGCUUCCUUUUCCUCCAUAUACCCCGCCCUUACCCUUCUUCUCUCCUUACCCCGUCAUGAUCAUCACGCAGUCCGACUCAUGUUAUGACCAUGUAUCGUAUGGCAUCGGAAGAUGGUCUUUG